AUGGUAAAGAGAGUUUUAUUCUCCUCCAUGGCUUCCCCUCUACCUGUGAUUCUCCUUGUCAUCUUCCUCUUCUCCUCGCCGUCUCUGGCGGUGGUGAUCACUUCAACACCUCUUCAAUCUGACUCCAUCUGCAAAUCCACUCCUCACCCUUCCUUCUGCAAAUCCCAUCUCCCAUAUAAUCAUUCGGGUCCUACCAUCUAUGACUACGGCAAGUUCUCUAUUCGUCGAUCUCUAUCGGCGGCGUCCAAGUUUCUGCGGUUGGUGGAGUGGUAUCUCGGCCGCCGGUCCUCUUUAUCACAACCUGCCAUUAGAGCACUUGAAGAUUGUAAGCUCUUAGCGGAGCUCAACAUUGAUUUCUUGUCAAGCUCAGCUAAAACCAUCAAUACUACGACGACUACUAUCCUCCCUACGUCUGAGACUGAAGAUGUUCAAGCCUUGCUUAGUGCAAUACUAACCAAUCAGGAAACUUGCUUAGAUGGCCUUCAAUCUACGGCAUCAGCUUGGGGUGUAAAGAAUGGUCUCUCCACCCCUCUAGCCAAUGGAACAAAGCUUUAUAGUGUUUCUCUGGCACUCUUCACCCGUGGUUGGGUUCAUCAUCAAAAGGAGAAAACCAGUCCCAAGGGAAAGGGAAAGGGAAAGGGAAAUGGACAGAGAAAGAGAAAGCUUGUAUUCUCUGGCAUGAGAAUGUUUGGAAGGAGACUUCUCCAGACGAGUACGGAUGAUGCAGUGGUGGUGAGAGACAUGGUUACGGUGGCUAAAGAUGGAAGUGGGAAUUUUAGUACCAUUAAUGCUGCCACAGCUGCAGCUCCAAACAAUACUAAUAUCAGCGAUGGGUACUUCUUGAUUUAUGUGGUGAAAGGGGUCUAUCAGGAGUAUGUGUCCAUAGAUAAAAACAAGAUGAAUAUUAUGAUGGUUGGAGAUGGUAUUAACCAGACCCUUAUCACUGGCAAUAGAAGUGUUGGUGAUGGCUGGACUACUUUCAAUUCUGCAACCUUUGCCGUGGUUGGACAAGGGUUCGUCGGAGUGAAUAUGACCAUCCGCAACACCGCCGGAGCAAUUAAAGGUCAAGCAGUAGCACUUCGAAACGGUGCCGAUUUAUCGACAUUCUAUAGUUGUAGCUUCGAGGGUUACCAAGAUACAUUAUACACCCAUUCCCUCCGGCAAUUCUACCGAGAAUGCAAUAUAUACGGCACCGUCGAUUUCAUAUUUGGUAAUGCCACAGUGGUCUUUCAAAAAUGUAAUCUAUAUGCAAGGCAACCAAUACAAGGCCAAUUCAAUGCCCUUACAGCCCAAGGUAGGACAGACCCGAACCAGAACACUGGGACUUCAAUUCAAGCCUGCAACAUUUUGACCGCGCCAGAUUUGAGUUCUAGCAAUUUUAGUACCAAGACAUACUUGGGCAGACCAUGGAAGGAGUAUUCAAGGACUGUUUAUAUGCAAUCAUUUAUGGCUAGCUUGAUUGAUCCUGCUGGUUGGGCUCAAUGGAAUGGUACCUUUGCUUUAAGUACUUUGUAUUAUGCUGAGUUCAAUAAUACAGGUCCAUGGGCCAAUACUACCAAAAGAGUUACUUGGCCUGGAUACCAUAUCAUUAAUGCUACAGUUGCAGCCAACUUCACCGUCUCCAACUUUAUAUUAGGAGAUAAUUGGUUGCCCACAACUGGGGUUCCUUACACUGGAUGGUUGCUAUAGAAAUCCAUUGCUGUUCCUUAUUGCAAAUAAAAGA